GAAAUUCUCGUGUUUCUUCCAGUGUUAUACUUCCCCUGCCAGAGAAUGUGAAAGAAUAUUUGCUGGAUGAUGGAACGCUUGUGGUUUCUGGAAGAGAAGAUCCACCAAGUCAUGGUCAGGAGGGGAGUGACGAUGCAGAGGAAAUACAAUGGUCAGACGAUGAGAAUACUACAACACUUAAGGCACCAGAAUUUCCUGAGUUCACAGCUAAAGUUCAAGAAGCAAUAAGUUCCUUGGGUGGUAGUGUUUUUCCUAAACUUAACUGGAGUGCUCCAAGGGAUGCCUACUGGAUAGCAAUGAACAGCUCUCUGAAAUGUAAAGCUCUCAGUGACAUCUUCCUCCUCUUCAAGAGUUCAGACUUCAUUACUCGUGACCUCACUCAGCCAUUUAUUCAUUGUACUGAUGAUUCUCCUGAUCCUUCCUUGGACUAUGAGCUUGUUCUUCGCAAAUGGUGUGAACUAAUCCCUGGUGCAGAAUUCAGAUGCUUUGUCAAGGAAAACAAACUUAUAGGUAUAUCACAGAGGGACUACACUCAAUACUACGAUCAUAUCUCUAAGCAACAUGAGGAGAUCUGCAGAUCAAUACAGGAGUUUUUCAAGAAACACAUACAGUAUAAAUUCUUGGAUGAAGACUUUGUUUUUGAUGUGUACAGAGACAGCAGGGGUAAAAUUUGGUUAAUAGAUUUUAACCCAUUUGGUGAAGUAACAGACUCCUUGCUGUUUACGUGGGAAGAACUGACCUCUGGGAAAAACUUGAAAGGGGACCAGGGUGAAGGGGAAGCAACAGAACAGGACUGUCCCGUUUUCCGUUGUACAAACAGUAAAGUUACCGUCCAGCCUAGUCCGUACCUGAGUUACCGACUGCCGAAGGAUUUUGUGGACCUUUCUACAGGAGAGGAUGUUCACAAAUUGAUUGACUUUCUUAAACUGAAAAGAAAUCAUCAAGAUGAUGACUGA